CUCGGUUGCCUGGCUAGCUCCACUGCGUGCAUGGAACGGCCAUCCAUUUUGCGUUUCGAGGUGCAUCACGAUGGCGUCUUCGGUCCCCGCUGUUGUGCCGACGAUCGUGCCACCUGCUGCUCCGUCCAAGCUCCCCGCGUUUCAAGAUUUGUCCUUGCACCAUGCGGGCACGCGGCCGGCAUCGCCCACGGGCCGCAGCGGCGCGAAUCGCCGCGCCCCCAUCAACGAUGCGUCCGUCGAACCGGACACCCACCCGACCGCGCGGUCGGCGUCGACGUUUCCCAAGAGCGCCGAGACGGUGCAAGUGAUUCUGCGAGCGCUCAAGGGCCACUACCUCUUUAGCUCGCUCGGCGAGUCAGAAGUCGUCGACAUCAUGCACGCAAUGUCUAACAUCCAGCAGCCAGCCCACACGGACGUGAUUGUCCAGGGCAGUGCCGGGAAUUGCUUUUACAUCCUCGAGGCCGGGCAGUGCGAGAUCCGCGUGCACAACGACGUCGUCGGCAAGUACGUUGGUGGGGACGCGUUCGGCGAGCUCGCGUUGCUGUACAACUGCCCCCGCGCUGCCACGAUCCGCACGCUGACGCCGUGCAGUUUCUGGACUGUGGACCGUACGAGUUUCCGCAAGAUCUUGGCGACGACGGCGUCGACGAUGCAGCUCUCGCGCGUCCAGUUUCUCCAAAACGUGGAUUUGCUGCAGCGGUUGAGCCACAACCAGUUGCAAAAGGUCGCCGCGGCCCUCCAGCUCGAGCAAUUUCCCGACGGAGCGUACAUUAUCAAGCAGGGCGAUGAAGGCCACACGUUUUACAUUGUUGUCGAAGGCACGGUGCAGUGCACAACGUCGUCGACGUACGAUGGCAAGGAGAAGCCACUCAUGACCCUCACCAAGGGCCAGUACUUUGGCGAGAUGGCGCUGAUGCUGAACGAGCCGCGCCAGGCCAACUGCAUUGCCCACGGCACGGUGUCGUGCUACGUGUUGGGGCGGCAAGAUUUUACCAAUCUCCUCGGGCCCCUUCGCAGCCUCUUGGACCGGCAAAUGCGCAUUCGAGUUCUCCGAAGUGUACCCUUGCUCAACUACCUCUCGGACGACGAGCUCGACCUCCUCGCGCAUGCGCUCCGCGUUGUGUCGUACGACGACAAGCAGCCGAUUUUACGCCAAGGCGACAACGGUGACACGUUUUUCAUCAUCAGUGAUGGCAAAGUCCGCGUGCACAAGUCGGGCGUGGAGAUCAUGACGCUGCGGUCGGGCGAAUUCUUUGGCGAGCGUGCGCUGCUCAACAACGAGCCGCGCGCGGCCGACUGCGUCGCGGUCGGGCGCGUCGAGUGCCUUUGCUUGGACCGGAGCUCGUUUGAAGGGCUGCUGGGGAAACUCGAGCACAUCAUGGCGAGGGAAACCAAGCGCCAGCAAGCGAUGCAGGAAGCCGCGUUUGCCAAGGGGACGCCAGCUCAGCCCUCGACGCACAAAAAGUUUUCCCUCGCGGACUUUGAAAAGGUGCAGACGAUCGGGACCGGCACGUUCGGGCGAGUGCUCAUGAUGAAGCACACGUCGACGGGCCAGACAUUUGCGCUCAAGUGCAUGCAAAAAGCCAACAUUGUCGAGACACACCAGCAGCGCAACGUGCUCCAUGAAAAAGGCAUCAUUGCCGAGUGCGACCACCCGUUUAUCCUCAAGCUGUACGAAACCUUCAGCGACUCGGAUCAGCUGUACAUGCUCCUGGAGCUUGUCCAAGGGGGCGAGUUGUGGUCGCUCCUGUACGAGAAGGCGUAUUUGGUGCCCAAGGGGGUCUGCGGCGCGUUCGACGUGCCCAGCGCCCGCUUCUACGCUGCCAACGUCGUCGAAGUGUUUCGAUACUUGCAGACGCUGGGCGUCGCGUACCGCGACUUGAAGCCGGAGAACCUCAUGCUCGACCACGACGGGUACUUGAAGAUGGUCGACUUUGGCUUUGCCAAGCACAUUCCGUUUUACAAAGGCGCGCUGUUGUGCGAGAAAUCGUUUACGUUGUGUGGCACGCCCGAGUACUUGGCCCCCGAGCUCGUCCUGAACAAAGGCCAUGACAAAGCAGUCGACUACUGGGCACUCGGGUGCCUCCUGUACGAGCUGCUCUCGGGACGCACACCGUUCCAGCAUCAAGAGCAACAGCGCAUCUUUGAAAAGAUCAUCCAUGCCAAGACCGCGCUCAAAUUUCACGCCAAGUUUGACCCGUUGGCCCAAGACUUGAUCACCAAGUUGCUCGAGCCGAACCCCGGCCUUCGUCUUGGAUCGUUGGCGGGCGGCAUGAACGACGUGGUCCACCAUCCGUGGUUCGCAUCGGCCUCGUUCGACUGGAAUGGCCUCGUCCACAAGUCACUGCGGGCCCCGUACGUUCCCGUUAUCAAGGGCGCAGCGGACGUAUCCAACUUUGACCGGUGCAACGAAGCCCAUUCAGUGACCAAGUACACGGGUCAAGACUACUUUGAAGGGUUUUAGUUGCCGCUUUGCAGCAACGUAGCGCGCCACGUCGUCGUGGGCUCGUUGGAUGGAUAUAUCUUUAUCAUAAGCAUGGGGGAUAACGUUGCCCGACGGCCGCAGAGCAGACAGCUAUGCCAGUUCUGGCACGAUCGUGGAAACGCCGACCGGCGCGCCCUUGUCGCGUAGCAGAGCGACCACGUCGCUCGGGGCGUUGGGGUCGUGCAUGGCUAGAUCAAGCGCGUCGCGACCAUUGCCUUCCAGUUGGUGGGUGAUGAGGUAUCGCACGACGUCCCAAUGUUUGUUCAUGAUGGAGUGAUG